GUUGCGCGCUCAGCUUUGGUAUACAUUGUAGGCACAUCUUCUGUAAACCGAGCACAGUCUUCUUUCAAUAACAGUAAAAUAUCCAAGAAGAAAAACUAUCACUGCAUCAUUUCAGCCUCAUGGAAGCUAUCGGUGGCAUCGCAAGCGUUACAGGGGUGGUAGGAUUCAUUGGGCAAAUCGCAGGCGGCUGUAAGGUCGUCAAAGAAAUUAUCGGUGAUAUCAAAAACGCACCUAAAGACAUCAGAAGGCUUGCGGAGUGUGUUAAAAGUAUCGAAGAGAGCUCGAACGAGGUUCUACGCCAGCAUGAACAACUAAAGACUCGUUAUGGAAUACAGGAUAUACCUGCGGCAGGAGCCCAUAUGCUUGAAGCCAUCAAAUCAGUUGAGAACAAACUUUCUUCGUCCGCUGAAAUGUUUGCGAAUUCAACUUCGGGCUCCAAGAAUAAGUGGAAACAAUUCUGGCAUCGGUUGAAAUAUGCUGCAAAUAAAGAAGAAAUUGAGACAUUGAUGCAGUGGGUGGAUAGAACCACACAACAAGUUACCCUAGUUCAACAAAAUCUGUCAAGAAUCAUUCAACUUGAACAAACAGACUUCUUGAAGGAGAUAAGUACCAACAUUACAGCAGUUCCGCAUGCCAUUCAUCAUUCGAGAGAUGCAAUCAUAUCAGCGCAGCAAACGCAAACGGAGACACUUCGCUCGGAAAUGCAGAAAAAUCAAAGCCACUUAGUACAGCUUAUGUCAACGACUAUAGCUACCAAAGCAUUGGAAGAUGUUCGUGAGGAUCUGUUACUGAGCUUAAGAGGAGCUAUGGAGGAAUGCAUCGAAGCACAACGCUUAGAUAUUGGACCCCAAGUCCAGCUUCUUGUUGGCAAGUGCUUGCAACGCGAUUUGCCAAUACACUCAGCCAAAAUUGCAGAAAACCAAGGGAAUGAUGUUUCAGCGUCUCUUUCGAGCUCAACUUCACGUCAUGUAACUCACAUAUCUCAUCAUGCCCCUUCAAUACCCAAUAAGAUGCAGAAGAGGAAAAACAGAAGGAGCCUAGUUUCAUCAACAUCCUACGGAUACAAUUUCUUCGGAAUUGGAGUUUCCGUCACAGUUUCAUCACAUUCCAAUUAUCAAUAUCAAUUCUCAAGAUCACCAUCGGGCUCAUGUGAUCUAUCUUCGACUUCAGUAUCUAUCUUCCUCAAGAUACCCUGGGCUAGAAGGGGCCUCGAUUUACGAUAUGAGAUGCCUAGCGUGCCUUAUUCUCGCGAAAGUUUCAUUUCCCUUAGACCGUAUUACAUACAUCCAAAGGGCAGUGAAUUUUAUAAAGCAGUCUUGGAAUUUGACAUCGACAAAGCUCGAGACUUGAUUGAACAAGGAAAAGCUUCCCCAAUGGAUGAAAUUGAGGGACAUGGCGAUUUAACACGUUUAAAUUCCUGGAUUGAAAUAAUAGAUGCUCAGUACGAUUUAAAUCUUAAAUGGUUAAAUUUUAUUCUUGGAUACCAAAUCACUGAUAGAUAUAUCAAGACUCGCCAUCUUCAACUCUACUUAUUUCUAAGCACUAUCAAAGGAUAUGGGGCGAUUUAUGAGGCUUUGUCUCUACUUUUAGAACUAUCGCAGGAUUACUUUCUCCAGAAUCCGGAUAUGGCGUUUUCGCUAUUGCAUACGGAUCGUCCGUCGCCAAAAUACAGCGAGCGCAUAAUGUGCCUAAGGAAUUAUGAACAGUUGAUUGACUGGAAUUGUCAUGAGUUCCCAAGCCAUCCCGGUCUCUAUAUUGAAAACAGUCGUCAACUUUUUGAGAAUCCUCAAGGUGAUGGAUUAGAUGCCGCACUGAAUAGAGGAUGUCAAUACUUUUUAGUCUGUGACGAGCAAGUGAAUACAAUAUUUUUCGGAACUCGCAGAUAUACUUUACCUGGGAUAUCGAUUCUAGAAUUCAUCAAUUCCUACACUGGGUCCAGAAGUCGGGAAGAAAUUGUUCACUGCUGUAGCAAUCGGCUCAAAAUACUACUUUUAAAAGGUCUUGACUUGAAGAAAAACGACCUGUUUGAAACGGGGACGAACCCCCCUCGUGGAUAUGGGGAUGCUACAUAUUACUCUACGAUCGACUGUGCAAUUAAAAUUGGAGCUUGGAAGUACCUCUUUGAAAUGCUCAUUCAGAUAGGGUGGGACGAAAAAAAGAUUCAAGAGUUAUAUGAUGAAGAAAUCUUCUUGGGAAUUUAUGAUUUGAUGGAAGGUUUACAAUACCAGACGAUGGAGAACGCACGGGAAGAAUUCCUGCAGCAGCUGCUUGAUGGUGACGAUUACUCCUGCUUUGAAAUUGAAACACUGCCGAUGGAACUAGCUGCGUACUCAUGGAAUAUUUCUCGGGCCAUCACCCAUGCUCGUUUUCAAUACUCAGAGAAAGGUGGCAUACCGGGGUCGUGGCCAGAAGAAGAGGUUGUCAAGGAAUCGAUUUCUGAGAAAGACCUUAUUAUGCCAUGGUGCUUAAAUUUCUAUUCUCAGCCAGCACAGGGUCCAAAGUAUUAUACAUGCAUUCAAUAUGGAAAAUAUCACACAAAAUGCCAUGUUCCUCGAAAAGAGUGGCAUUCAUAUUAUGAUUAUGAGCAGCUCGUCGAUAUGAUUGAUGAUGUGGUAGAUGAUAUGGUCGAUGAUGUGGUAGACGAUAUGACAAGCGACGAGGAUAGAGACUAGAGUUAUUAGUUGAGAAUAAGAGAAGCCUUUUUUCUUUCUAACUUGGAAUUGUGUGUAACGAGGCCUAAUCACACUCUGGUUCAACUGAAUUUAUAAUCAGUUGGAAGCAGCCUCACCAUUAGUGAAUACUAAUGCUUCGAACAUAAUUCAUAAACCAUGGGCUCAAGGAUAAUAGAAGUGUGAAAUAGAUUCUUAAUUAUUUUUACGGGAUUGAGAUAUAAUAGAGUCGUUAGAAACCAUACUCUCACGUGGUUCUAGUAGCAUUGGCAUCUAAUAAGUAAUCUUACUCUCAAGCAAUCAGCAAACAGCCCA